AUGAUUCAACCACGCCUAGCCCACAACCAUUCUCACACUGAUUCCUUUGGAUUCAACUAUCCAACUAGCUCAACCAGUGAGAAACCCACCUCUUGUGGUUCAACGCACCACCGUCUCAACCGUGAGAUAACAACCACGUCUUCAAUCUACUCCAUUUCUUCCACAGACUCUCCCGCUUAUACCACCUCCUCUAUGGAAUCAAGUACCUCUUCAAGUAUGGACACAACCACUUCUUCAACUUUUUUCCACAUCAUCUUUGGAUUCCACACUCCUCCAACUUACCUCACAUCAACUACCACCACUGAGGAAUCCAGCUCCUCUACUGACUCAAGUUUUCCACAGGCUCAGAAACCUCUUCAACAUACACUAACCUUCUUCAGCUCCAGCACCAGUGAUGAAACAACUACAUCUCCAAUCUUACUCCAGCUCUUCCACAGACUCUCCAACUUACUCCAGCUCCUCUAUGGAAUCAACUACCUCUUCAAGUACGGACACAACCCCUUCUUCAGCUUUUCCACAUCAUCCUUGGAUUCCACCACUUCUCCAACUGACAUCACCUCAACUACCACCACUGAGGACUCCAGCUCCUCUACUUACUCAAGCUCUUCCGCUCCAGCACCACUGAGGAAACACCACGUCUUCAAUCUACUUCAGCUCUUCCACAGACUCUCCAUCUUACCCUACUCCUCUAUGGAAUCAACCACCUCGUCAAAUGCGGACACAACCACUUCUUCAAGUUUGUUCACAUCCUCCUUGGAGUCGACCACUUCUCCGACUGACAUCACCUCAACUACCACCACUGAGGACUCCACCUCGUCUACUUACUCGAGCUCUUCCAUAGAAACCUCUUCAACACUCUCCAACUUACUUUACCACAACAUCCUUGGAUUCCACCAAUUCUACAACUUACCUCCCCUCAACCUACCACCAACUGACGAUUCCACCUCCCUCUACUUACUCAAGCUCUCCCACAGAAACCUCUUCAAACUUACACCAGCUCCUCUCUGGAGCCCACCAUUUCUUCUACUUUUCAAAGCUCCUCAUGGAUUCAACUUCCAGUCGACCACCUCUCCAACUGAUUCCUCUGUGGAUUCAACUACCUCACUAGCUCCCAGCACACUCCUCUAUGGAAUCAACUACCUCUUCAAGGACGGACACAACCACUUCUUCAAGCUCUUCCACAUCAUCCUUGGAUUCGACCACUUCUCCAACUUACCUCACCUCAACUACCACUACUGA